AUGUUGCUUUCAGACGAGGCCCCUGAAGAUACCAUAGACAAUUCUUCAAUGUAUUGCUGGUCACAGCUGGAUUCUCCAGGUUAUCAUCUUUGCCCCCGCACCCCCAACGACGUCAAUCUUUCUUUCCCCGCAAGAUCGUCAGCCUCGCCUGAAGGCAUCCAGACUUCGACCCAUGAAGCCAAGCUUUUCUUUUCCCGGAGGAAAUCCCACCUCUCUCGGUUCCCCAAUAAUAAUGAGCGGGGUGCGGGUCCGGGGUCGCGCCGGCCAGCUGGGACAUCAGCCCGGCGUUCGCCAGACCGCUCAAGCGUGGGCAUCUCAACAAACGCCAAGCUUUGCCAAGGGGCUUCACCAAUGACGGGGUUGGAUGUGAGCUCUUGGAGCUAUGUCAUCCAUCAACCACGCAACUCGGAGAGCUCUGAGAGGUUUGGACUGAAAGAGGCUCAGGUUACAUCGAAUAGUGAAGAUUGUUCUCUCAGGUUCUUGAUUGAUCGCAGAAAGUCCGAGGCUUUUGACGCUCUCAACGCGACCUGA